GUUAUCGCGGGACUCAGUUAAAGGAGCAGCCCGAUCCCAGCACAAAAAGGGGCGUGGCUUUGACUUUUGUUUAUCGAAUCAGAUACGUUCUUUCCUCUUACACUGUUUGUAACGAACAGUAUUUCCGGGAUGGCUUAUAUUGUCAUUGUAAACCGAUAUAUGUGAGGAAUAGUGUUAUGGCAACUACUGAGGAAGAGGCUCCUUUAUUAAAGCAAGAAAGAUACAGAGAUGGGACUGUUGUUGAGACUGAGGAUAACUUCAGGAGUCGAUGGAGAUCCAUUCGAAUCAUGUACCUCACGAUGUUUCUCAGCAGUGUAGGUUUUUCAAUUGUUAUAACAUCCAUCUGGCCAUUUCUUCAGAAGAUUGAUGUGACAGCAGAUGCCAGCUUUCUGGGAUGGGUUGUUGCUGCGUACAGUCUUGGCCAGAUGGUGGCGUCCCCCCUCUUUGGUCUGUGGUCCAAUCACAGGCCAAGAAGAGAACCACUCAUUGUAUCCAUCUUGAUCAAUGUAGCAGCCAAUGUUCUUUAUGCUUAUGCUCAUGCACCAUCAUUACACAGGAAGUACUACAUGCUGAUUGCUCGAGCCUUCGUGGGUUUUGGCGCAGGUAAUGUUGCUGUAGUGAGAUCUUAUGUUGCUGGAGCAACUUCUCUGAAGGAGAGGACCAGUGCCAUGGCAAACAUGAGUGCUUGUCAGGCACUGGGCUUUAUUCUGGGCCCAGUUUUUCAAACCUGCCUGACAUUCAUUGGAGAAAAUGGAGUGGCAUGGAGAGCCAUAGCUCUGGAGCUGAACAUGUACACAGCACCAGCCUUUUUGGGAGCCUUCUUUGGAGUUGUCAAUGUUAUUUUCAUCAUUGCCAUUUUGAGAGAGCACCGUAUUGAUGACUUGGGAAGGCGGAUAAAAAGUAUAAACAUUAGUGAAGAAGAAGAUACUCAAGUUGUGCGGGAUUCGCAGGGUGACAUUGAUCAAACUGCAGUAGUGACUUGUAACAUCCUCUUCUUUGUCAUCUUAUUUAUUUUUGCUAUAUUUGAAACGAUCAGUACACCAUUAACAAUGGAUAUGUAUGCAUGGACAAGGAAGCAGGCAGUGUUGUAUAAUGGGAUAAUUCUGGCUUUAAUUGGUUGUGAAUCAAUUAUGGCAUUCAUGGCAGUUAAAAUGAUUGCAAAAAGGACUGGAGAGAGAGUUAUUUUGCUUGGAGGAUUACUGAUCAUCUUUGCUGGAUUCUUCAUCCUGUUGCCUUGGGGAAACCAGUUCCCAAGCAUACAAUGGGCAGAUUUGAAGAACAGCUCAGUUAAUGUCACCAUGGAAAGUUCAUUGAAAACAUUUUCUAAUCGCUUGAGUAUAACAGUACAACCAAUACAAAAUUAUACUGGUGAACCAACUGGAUGCCCAAUAGAACAACAGUGGUGUUUAACUACUCCAGUAAUUCACCUUGCACAAUACCUGACCUCUGAUGUCCUAAUAGGGCUGGGGUAUCCAGUGUGUAACGUUAUGUCGUAUACCUUGUAUUCUAAAAUUCUUGGGCCAAAGCCUCAGGGUGUUUAUAUGGGCUGGCUUACUGCAUCAGGAAGUGGUGCACGUACACUUGGCCCAGUGUUUGCUAGUCAAGUCUACACUCAUCUAGGACCUCGCUGGACGUUUAGCAUCAUUUGUGGGAUUGUGCUGCUGGCUAGUGUUUUGCUAGGAGCAAUGUACAAAAGACUUAUUGCAUUCUCUGUCCGCUUCCAGAGAAUACAGGAAUAAGGAGUCUUCCAGCUACCUUUGCACUUUUAAUGCAUUCAGUAUCAAAGAACAAAAAUGAAGAUGACAUUGUGAAAUUUUUUUCUCAGAUUGAGAAGCACUUUAAUUUUUAUGUGAAUGCUUACCAUUUGAUUAACAAUGUCAUUGUAUAUAAAUUAACUGGUCUCUGAGAGACAUAGUAACAGAAAUGUUACAUUUUGGUAUGGUGGUAUGUAUAUAAUUAAUUUAGUGAAUGUGGAAAGCCUAAUCUUCAGUGUAAUUUCAUGGUGUCGCUAGAUGAAUUAAUGUUUAAUUAAUUUAACUCUGGUAUUUAACAUGGACUAAUAUGGUAGCAGCAUGUACCUUCCAUUCCUUGCUGUGAUAAAAUUACAUGGAUUUUCCAUUUGGAAUUUUAACAGUGUAAUUCUAUAAUUUAAUAUUUUAAGGUAAAAGUAUACAGCUAGGUUAACUACAUUUAAGAGUAGUUAUAUAACAUAUUUUGGACAACUGAUUGUCGUAAUAUAUUGUACAUUUUUUAAAUUAACUUUCUACCUUGUAUUGGCCAA